GCAGAAGCACCCGGGAAACUCCUGCAUCCGGGCAGGCGGUGGCUCUGGAUCCACUGCCCACAUCCCGCUCUCACAGGCAGACAUGAGGGCAGAGAAAGUGUCCCCCCUCCUGGCUCUGGGGCUCCUGGUGGCUGGGCUCUGCUCCAGUGUCCACUGCCUCCAGGAGAAUGUGACCCCAGAAGGACAGCACAAAGGGACGGCUGUGGAUGACCAUGCAUUAGCCUCAAGCAAUACGGACUUCGCCUUCAGCCUCUACAAGCAGUUGGCUUUGAAGAACCCCAAUAAGAACGUCAUCUUCUCUCCUCUGAGUGUCUCCAUAGCCUUGGGCUUCCUGUCCCUGGGGGCCCGUGGCUCCACCCUGACAGAGAUCCUGGAAGGUCUCAAGUUCAACCUCACGGAGAUCCAGGAGACAGAGAUCCACCAGGGCUUCCAGCACCUCCUGCAGACGCUCAAUCGACCCAGCAACCAGCUGCAGCUGAGCGUGGGCAACGCCAUGUUUGUGCAGGACCAGCUGAAGCUGCUGGACAAGUUCAGGGAAGAUGCCCAUGUGCUGUACUCCUCCGAGGCCUUCUCGACCAACUUCGGGGAUCCUGAAGCUGCCAGGAGUCUAAUAAAUGACUAUGUGAAGAAUAAAACCCAGGGGAAAAUUGAGGAGCUGUUCAAGGUCCUUUCCCCAGAAACGGUGUUGGUCCUGGUGAACUACAUCUACUUUAAAGCCAGGUGGCAGAUCCCCUUUGACCCCAAGUGCACUCAGCAGGCAGAGUUCCACGUGAGCGAGAACGAGACGGUGCAGGUGUCCAUGAUGAACAUUGCCCUGGUGAUCCCUUACUUCCGGGACGAGGAGCUGGGCUGCACGCUGGUGGAGCUCACGUACACCAGCAACGACAGCGCCCUCUUCAUCCUCCCCGACGAGGGCAAAAUGCAGGACCUGGAAGCCAAGCUGAUCCCGGAGACGCUGACGAGGUGGCGAAACUCCCUGCAGCCCAGAUUGAUACAUACACUCUACCUGCCAAAGUUUUCCAUCUCCAGUGACUAUAAUCUGGAAGACACCCUUUCUGAGCUGAGCAUCCAGAAAGUCUUCACCUCUGAGGCUGACCUGUCAGGAAUCACAGGUGUCAAGAACUUAAAAGUUUCCCAGGUGGUCCACAGCGCUGUGCUGGACGUGGAUGAGGAGGGCACGGAAGGAGCUGCUGCCACGGGAGUAGAAAUUAUCCCCCUUUCCUCACUUACAACCAUUGUGCGUUUUAACAGGCCCUUCCUGAUUGCUGCAAUUCUCAAAGACACCCAAAGCAUCAUCUUUUUGGGGAAAGUCACCAAUCCCACUCAAGCCUAGAGCUCAGCUCUGAGCUGUGGGUGCCCUCUCUAAGGAGCAGGGUGCCCAGGUCCCUGGGUGCAGCCUGGCCCCUCGGCACUGAGGAUUCACCCUGCCUGUCCCCACCUGCUCACCCCUGGGAAGGUGACAGUGACGAUGCUGGGGGUUCCACAUGCACAGGGAGUCUGUGUCCUGGUCACGAGGAGGCUCCUUCAACAGCAAUAAAGCACCUUCCUUGGACUGCA